AUGCAAUUAUCCUGGAAAGAUAUUCCGACCGUGGCUCCUGCCAAUGACUUGUUGGACAUUGUGUUGAACAGAACUCAAAGAAAGACACCUACUGUUAUUAGACCAGGUUUCAAUAUCACUCGUAUCAGAGCGUUUUACAUGAGAAAGGUGAAGUUCACCGGUGAAGGGUUCGUGGAAAAAUUUGAUGAUAUUUUGAAAGGUUUCCCUAAUAUUAACGACGUGCAUCCUUUCCAUAGGGAUUUGAUGGAUACUUUGUAUGAAAAGAAUCAUUUCAAAGUUUCUUUGGCUGCUGUGAGUCGUGCUAAGACAUUGGUCGAACAAGUUGAAAGAGAUUACACAAGAUUGUUAAAAUUCGGUCAAUCUCUUUUCCAAUGUAAACAAUUGAAGAGAGCCGCUCUUGGUAGAAUGGCUACCAUUGUGAAGAAGUUGAAGGAUCCUUUAGUGUAUUUGGAACAAGUUAGACAACAUUUGGGUAGAAUGCCAUCCAUCGACCCAAACACCAGAACUUUGUUGAUUUGCGGUUAUCCAAAUGUGGGUAAAUCCUCUUUCUUGAGAUGUAUCACUAAGGCUGAUGUCGAAGUGCAACCUUAUGCUUUCACCACCAAGUCGCUAUAUGUGGGUCAUUUUGAUUAUAAAUACUUGAGAUUCCAAGCGAUUGAUACUCCAGGUAUCUUGGAUAGACCUACGGAUGAAAUGAACAACGUCGAAAUGCAAUCCAUUUAUGCUAUUGCUCAUUUGCGUUCUACUGUUAUGUACUUCAUGGAUCUAUCAGAACAGUGUGGUUUCUCUAUUGAAGCUCAAGUCAAAUUAUUCCAUUCGAUCAAACCAUUGUUUGCCAAUAAAUCCGUCAUGGUCGUCAUUAACAAGACUGAUAUCAUUAAACCUGAAGAUUUAGACGAAGAACGUAAGAAACUUUUGGAUACUGUUUUGGAAGUUCCAGGUGUUGAAAUCAUGACCACUUCUUGUCAUGAAGAAGAUAACGUUAUGGCUGUUAGAAACAAGGCUUGUGAAAAGUUGUUGGCUUCCAGAAUUGAAAACAAGCUAAAAUCUCAAGCUAGAAUCACUAACGUCUUAAACAAGAUCCACGUCGCUCAACCUCAAAAGCGUGAUGAUGGUAUUGACAGAACUCCAUAUAUUCCAGAAGCCAUCGCUAAGAUGAAGAAAUAUGAUCCAGAAGAUCCAAACAGAAGAAAAUUGGCUAAAGAAAUUGAAAUCGAAAACGGUGGGGCCGGUGUAUACAACGUUAAUUUGAAGGACAAGUAUCUAUUGGAAGACGAUGAAUGGAAGAACGAUGUCAUGCCAGAAAUCUUAGAUGGUAAGAACGUUUAUGACUUCUUGGAUCCAGAAAUCGCAAUCAAAUUACAAGCUUUAGAGGAAGAAGAAGAAAGAUUAGAAUCUGAAGGCUUCUAUGAAUCCGACGAAGAAGAAACUUACGAAGGAUUUGAUGCUGACGAAAUCUCUGAGAUCAGAGAAAAGGCAGAAUGGAUUAGAGAUAGACAAAAGAAGAUGAUCAAUGCUUCAAGAAACAGAAAGGCAUUGAAGAACCGUGGUACCAUGCCUCGUUCUAAAUUGGCAAAGACAUAUGGUGACAUGGAGAAGCACAUGUCUUCUUUAGGUCACGAUAUGACUGCUUUGCAAGAUAAGCAAAGAGUCGCUGCUGAAAAGAACAGAUAUGAGCAAACUGGUGCUGACGUGGUAUACGGUGAUCAAGAAGAUUCUGCUCCAGCUGGUAAGCUAAGACAGACAGAUAGAUUGACAGACGGUGUUGCUGAUGGUUCAAUGAGAUCGAAGGCUGAAAGAAUGGCCAAAUUAGAAAGAAGAGAAAGAAACAGAAUGGCCAGAGCCGGUGAAUCUGACAGACAUGCUACUGCCUCUCUACCAAAACAUUUGUUCUCAGGUAAGCGUGGUGUUGGUAAGACUGAUUUCCGUUAA